AUGCAGAGAAUUGGCCAAGUUACGUAUAAACUUGAUUUGCCACCAGAUCUAGAGGCAGUCCAUCAGGUAUUCCAUGUCUCUGUGUUUCAUAAAUGCAUAGGCGAUCCUUCUCGCAUUACUCCUAUUGAGAAUGUUCAAGUUACGGAGGACUUGUCGUACGAAGAGAUUCCUGUCGCCAUCCUAGAUCGUCAAGUUUGUAAACUGCAAACUAAAGAGGUGGCUUCAGUUAAGGUAUUGUGGCAGAAUAAUAAUGUCGAAGAGAUGACUUGGGAGGCAGAAGAAGAUAUGAAAGCUCGAUACCCUUAUUUGUUCCCAUCUUCAGGUUUACAUUGA